CGUAGUCCAGGACUCGCAGUCACUCUGCUGUCUCCAUCCCAAAGGGAGCAGCUCCAACAGGACUUGGACCCUCAUGGUUCCGUUCGGGCCCCUCAUGGAUGAGUAGAGAAGAACUUUGGACCGGAGAAUCACUUGAGGAGUUUCCCCCCCCCACGUCAGAACCUUUGGUGAGAACUUCCCGCUGACCUUGAGGACUGAAGUGGAUCAGCACCAUGGCGCCAUCGUCGACCGCGGUUCUGUUGGUGUUGGCGUCGCUGCUCUUCACGCCCAGCAGAACCCUCAGUCGGUCUCAGAGCCCCGACCUGGCGGAGGUCCUGGACCUAGACCGGGAGCAGCGCCUCCGCCCGGCCCGUGGCGCCGACGAAGACGAGCAACAGUCCACCUUCAGCCAGUCCUUUGAGAACGACUCGGUGACGCCGCCGCACGUCAGCUCGCUGUCCAACUGGACGGACGGCGGUAGGAACGCCAGCAAAGACCAGGGACUCUUCAACCCCUUCUUCCCGCUGACGGGCGCCGCCUACGCCGCCUACGCCAUCUUGCUGGCGGCCGGCCUGCUGCUGGCGCUGGGCGUGGUGGGCAACAUGGCGGUCAUGUGCAUCGUGUGGAACAACUUCUACAUGAGGUCCUCCUGGAACUACCUGCUGGCCAGCAUGGCGUUCUGGGACUUCCUGGUCCUGGUGCUGUGCCUGCCCGUGGUGCUCCUCAACCAGCUCACCCAUAGGAGGGUCCUGGGCGACGUCACCUGCCGCAUGGUGCCUUAUAUGGAGGUGGUGUCUCUGGGCGUCACGUCCUUCACGCUGUGCGCUCUGGGCAUCGACCGCUUCCACGCCGCCACCAGCUCGUCGCAGCCCAAGACGCGGCGAGUGGAGCGCUGCCGCUCGGUGCUGCUCAAGCUGCUGCUGGUGUGGCUCGCCGCUCUGCUGCUGUCGGGCCCCGAGCUCUUCCUGUGGCAGCUGGCCAGGACCACCCCCGCCGUGGGGCCCCCGGUGGACUCCUGCGUCAUCACCGCCUCCUCGCCACUCUCCCUCCUCCUACCUGACUCCCUGCACUCGCUGAUGCUCAGGUACCACCAGGGUCGCAUGUGGUGGAUGUUUGGUUGCUACUUCUGCCUGCCGGUGCUCUUCACCGUCCUCUGCCAGAUGGCCACCAGGAACGUCCACAGCGACUCCAGCUCGGCGCAGAAGCAGCGUAACCACGGCGACCUGGCUGCUGGCCACAAGCGCCAUCAUCAGCAGGAGGCGGAGAAGCAACUCAACUGCACGCUGCUGGCGUUGGCGCUGGUGUACGCCGCCUGCGUGCUGCCGCAGCACGUGUGCGCCAUCGCGCUGGCGUACGCCGACGUCGCCGUCUCCGAGGCCACGGCGGCCACGCUGGCGCUCCUGCAUCACUUCCUGUUGUUCCUCAAGUCCGCAGUCACGCCGGUGCUGCUCCUCUGCCUGUGCAAGGCGCUGGGCGGGGCCUUUGUGGACUGCUGCUGCUGCUGCUGCAAGGCGUGUCAGCGGAACGCGGCGGAAGGUUCGCCGAGCGCGGCGCACGUCAAACUGAAGGCGGCCAAGGAGGCGUCCAUCUUCUUCGACAAGGCGAAAGACACGUCGGCCAUCUUGUCCAUCAGCAGCUAAACAUCCUCCUCCUCGCUCUUUGUCAUCGCUCACCUCCGCCGCCACCCAGCCUCCGCUUCCUGUCUGCGCAGGAAGUGACAUCUGUAGUCACCUUAGAGACGUUUGGGCACAACCACUGGAGGGGAAAAAAAACAAACAUUUAAGUAGCAACUUAAACACGCUAAACUUGAAUUAACAUGAAAAAGCAUCCAAUGGGGGCCUGCGCUGGCGGUCAUGUGACCUCGCCUCUCUCUCGCCACAUGCUAAGCUAUCAUUAAUCCUCAGCACACAUUAACGCACACGUCGCCAUCAAAGUAGUUUGUUGUCGAAAUACAUGAGAGCUGUCGCCGCGGUAACCAUCGCCGGACCCCCAAAUAAAAAGGGAUGAUGUCGCCAUGGUUACAAGAAUGACUGUAAAAUUUGUAAAAUAAAGAAAACGAUGAAUAA